AUGCAUACGCAGCACAUCGCACUUGCAUUGUUCCUCAUCCUGGUCACUGUCGGAAUCAUUGUGGUUCUGAGUAUCUUCAUCGUGGUCAAGCGUCGUAUCACACGUAGGAAAAGUCGAGUUGAACGGAAUACCUAUACACCCUGUGGUCACGGUCUGUCCAAGGUUUGGAGGGAGAACUUGGAACGCAGUAUCAACGCUACUGUUCGUGUACGAACUGAACCCAGAACAUUUGGUGCACAUUACGAAGAAAAUUUCAAUAGAUAUUGUACCGAAGAUAAAAUAACUUAUUUGUAUCGAGCCAAAGCAGUGGACGAAUUUCUAAAAUUAAAGAAAAGCAUCCUCCAACUUUGUCCGGAUUUGGAGGCACCGCCUAUUCGCGGAAUCCAAGCGUUUCUGCUCACUGCACGUGACCACGCGAUGAGUCCACCGGCAUCCCGUGACCGAAUUGAGGAAUAUUGCCGGCUUUACUUAUGGGCAAGGCAUGAUCUGGAACCGUUUGGUGAAGAGGAGUAUAACAAACUUUGUGCUCUACAGAAAGUGCUCAUGGAGCUGUAA